AAUCUGAAGGCGACGGACGCGUCCAGAUUCUGCGCAAGCGCAGAAGUCCUCUCUCGCUGGAGCGAAGUCUCGCGCGAAGACGAUCUAGGGCGCUUCCGGUACGCGUCAGCGUGGGAGACGCGCGGUUCUGAAGAACGCGGGAGGCAGCAUGUUCCUCACCGCGCUGCUCCGCCGCAAUCGCAUUCCGGGCCGGCAGUGGAGUGGGAAGCACCGGCGGCCGCGGCAGGUGUCCGUGUUUGCGAAGCAGAACAUGAUCCGUCGGCUGGAGAUCGAGGCCGAGAACCACUACUGGCUGAGCAUGCCCUACAUGAGCGCCGAGCAGGAGUACGGCCACGCCGCGGCGCGCAGGGCCGAGGCCUUCGAGGCCUUGAAGGCGGCCAGGACCUCCAAGUUCCCCCCGCAUAGGUUCAUUGCAGACCAGCUCGACCAUCUCAAUGUCACCAAGAAGUGGGCCUAACCCUGAGCCGUCGCCCUUGGGUGUGAUGGCUCACGGGACCGUCUUGUCUAUGUGGUCCUGGGACUGAAAAGCUACGAGAAGAAGCAGGAAGCUUUGGACCAGAGCACAGUGAGCCGUGUAUGAGGUGUCUGGGGCUUAAACUCCCGAAGCACUGGCCAGUUGUGUUCACUUUUUAGUCUGCUGGGAAGAUAUCUGGGAUUUCCUGAGCCACAUAUAAGAUAAAAUGUAUUUUGAAAGUUGCAAUAAAACUGCAAACCCGAUUUGGGGGCUUUGCUUAAAUCUA